AUGAAUGCUUAAUUUGAAAUUUAGGAUAUUGAGAUAGUAAUAGAAAUAGUUGAAAAGGAGUUUUGAUAUAGAAAGAUAUAAAUAUAAAAUUUAUUCUAAAAUAAAUUAGCUUCAAAGUAAUCUAUUAAAAACUAUAAAAACAAGCAAGAACAAUUGUUUAGUCUCGAUUCUUGAUGUAGAUGAGAGUUGA